AUGAACUGCAGCGAUGCGCGGCGGCUGCAGGCGCUGCUGGGCGCGGUGCUGCGGGAGCUGCGCGGCCGCGGCAACUCCAGCGCGGCCCCGCAGGGACCCGGCCCCGGCCCGGGGGCGGACGGCUCGCUGUACAUCCUGCUCAUCAUGAUCUUCUAUGGCUGCCUGGCCGGGGGGCUCAUCCUGGCCUACACCCGCUCGCGGAAGCUGGAGUCCAAACACGACCCCUACCACCUGUACAUCGAGCGGGACUGGGGCCCCCGCGGCCCGGGGCAGGCGGCCGAGGAGGGCCCCGAGGGGCAGCGGCUGUGAGAGCGCCGGGACCGGCAGGAGGAAGGGUCUGUCCGGCGAGGGCAUCGCUCCUGCUGCCCUCAGGCUUGGGACUACAGACAGCCAGAGACUGCGGGGGAAGCGAAACCCACUGCUCUUGUGCAGGCGAACAGCGCUCAAGGCCUGUCGUGCGACAAACAGCAGAGGCACAACACCACGUUCUCAGUGAAAAUACUUACAACCCAAGGAUCUGGCUCAAAUUUUGUUUGACUUCAUCCAGGUAUGUGCUGGACAGCAGCCUAACCUUCAGUAAAGUUUAGAGGGAAAUGUCAACUUGAGGUAGUUACAGCUCAACACCAUUUACUGCCUGAGAGUGCUCUGGUGAGGCAUUUGCAACAGGGUUAUUAUUCCAGACACAUUUUUGCCCUGACAGAGCUCACAGCCAGCCUGUUCUGCAGUGCCCCAGCACCACAUGGCAACAAUUAGAACCUACAACACAAGCAGUCAAGAUAAGGAAGCCACAACUUAUUUCUUGCACUUUUAAUAUCACAAGAACAAACUAUGAAAACUUCUAAUAAUAAUAAAAAAAGAUAGAAUAUCAGGUAGGUGGUUUUUGGUUGGUUUUCUUUUUUUUUGUUUUUUUUUAAAAUUAAUCUUACAAGAGGUCUUAAACAAUUUGAAAAACUUACAAA